AGCGCCCGUUCGGAGGCAGACGGACCACACCCCGCGCUGCCUGCCAGACGGACGCCGCCUCCUCCGCGCCUCCUGCCUCCUCGUUCCCUUUGCAGUUGAUGGUGUGACCGAGGCCACCAUGGGCGGGGCGGUGAGCGCCGGGGAGGACAACGACGACCUGAUCGACAACCUGAAGGAGGCUCAGUACAUCCGCAGCGAGCGCGUGGAGCAGGCCUUCCGCGCCAUCGACCGCGGCGACUACUACCUGGAGGGCUUCCGUGACAACGCCUACAAGGACCUGGCCUGGAAGCACGGCAACAUCCACCUGUCGGCGCCCUGCAUCUACUCGGAGGUGAUGGAGGCCCUGAAGCUGCAGCCGGGUCUCUCCUUCCUCAACCUGGGCAGUGGCACCGGGUACCUCAGCACAAUGGUGGGCUUAAUUUUAGGUCCUUUUGGAAUAAAUCAUGGGAUCGAGCUGCACUCAGAUGUGGUUGAAUAUGCCAAGGAAAAAUUGGAGAGCUUCAUCAAAAACAGCGAUAGCUUUGAUAAAUUUGAGUUCUGUGAACCUGCAUUUGUGGUUGGCAAUUGCCUCCAGAUAGCAUCAGAUAGCCAUCAAUAUGAUCGCAUUUAUUGUGGAGCGGGAGUUCAGAAAGAUCAUGAAAACUACAUGAAAAUACUGCUAAAAGUUGGUGGCAUUCUAGUCAUGCCCAUAGAAGAUCAGUUAACACAAAUCAUGCGAACUGGCCAGAACACCUGGGAGAGUAAGAACAUCCUGGCGGUGUCCUUUGCGCCGCUGGUGCAGCCCAGCAAGAACGACAACGGCAAGCCGGAUUCCGUGGGGCUCCCCCCCUGCGCGGUGAGGAACCUCCAGGACCUGGCCCGCAUCUACAUCCGACGCACCCUGAGGAAUUUCAUCAACGACGAGAUGCAGGCCAGAGGGAUCCCCCAGCGGGCCCCGCCGAAGAGGAAGAGGAAGAGAGUGAAGCAGAGGAUCAACACGUACGUGUUUGUGGGGAACCAGCUCAUUCCUCAGCCCCUGGACAGCGAGGAGGAGGAGAGGAUGGAAGAAGACGGCAAGGAAGAGGAGGACCGGGAUCAGGGCGAGGCCAUGAAGUCCGAGGAGCCGCCGCAGAAUUUACUGAGGGAGAAGAUCAUGAAGCUGCCCCUCCCCGAGUCUUUGAAAGCUUACUUGACCUAUUUUAGAGAAAAGUAACGCGUAGGACAGAGAGAGUAUCUACUGAUGAUUCCUUUAGUCUUGAAAAAUGUAGCAUUCGUUAGCCGUCCAAAAAGAGAAUUUUCUUUUCUUUUCUUCUUUCAUCAGAGCAGAUGAUAGUGGAACACCUAGAACUCGUUUCUGUCUUAGUGAUGCAAGAUUCUGUCUUUAGCGAUCGGAAGAAUCCCUUUUAUAAAAUCUAUUUUUCUUUAAAUCUUGAAAAACUUUUAACUCCGUGACUUCAGGAGUGGAACGCAAGUCAAGACUCUCUGUACUGUGAGUCCUUUUCUGAUUCCUUGCAGGUCUGCAGUGGUGAGGGUGAGAGUGAAUUUUUCUAUGAGGCUACGUGAUUGGUGUGCUUCUGUAGGCAGAUUUAAAUCGCCAUUGUUUGCAUUUUCCUCUCUGACGACUUUUUAUCUCCGAAGGGAAUCAGAUGCUUCGUCCCUGGGUCACAUCCCUGUUGCCGAGUUGCGAGAUGAGUGCAAUAACAACACAGAUAAUUUAGCUUUAAAACAGGUUUUAAAGUCCCACAGCACCGCUCCUUUUGCUUUUGAAUAUAUUGCCAAAAGACCC